GCACACAAAGUCCGUUAAAUUAAUGUGUGUGUUGGCAGGUUCGUUAGAAAUGCACUUCCUUGCACCGGUUGCCUGGUAACGAACAACACGUGGAGACGCAUAUCGAUGAUUUAAGAAGGCUUUGCGGUGCCUGACGUUAUUACUGAUGGUGAGUGGAUGUCAUUUCUCAGCGGAAAACCAACAUAUACCACGCCCGCAGUCGCUGUGACAGGCUUUUGUCAUGAUAUGACUUAAAUGCACUGCAGUCGCUGUGCCGUCGUUUCGUCUGCAUGACCUGUUUUGGAAAACAAAGGGGGCUUUAUUUGUACAAUUUCAAAAUGGGCUGGUCUGGAUUCCCGAUGGGGAUCCUGGCCUUCGCCAUCUGCUUAUACCCGAUUCCAGCACUCGAAGGGGCUAACCCUAACCCUAACCCACACCCUUUACGGCGAGGGUGCGCCCAGAUGCGUCUUGGGCGAGACGGGCGUCCCCAGCUCGACCUCCCCGACAUACCGCGAGCGAUUAAUGCAACCUUCGGCAAGUUCACCGAAGCGUGGCUUGAGGGUCGUGGGCGCAAGUCGCCGCUGCAAAUUUCCAUCGUACAGAGCCUCAUCGAGGAAUCCCUGCCCAAGCUGGCCCUGAUCGACGCGUAUGGGGCGUUGGCCUCGGAGGUCGUCGCAGCGUCCAAAAUCUGGGGAGGCAUCGUGCAGAACGCGACCAUGGAAUACUUCCGCGAUUCGAUGGCUGGUUAUCAGCCGGCAUUGACCCCACCGCCUAUACUUGGCAGAAACGAGAGCUUGGAUCAUCACGAAAUACCCAUGGAAAGAAAUAGCCGAUCAGCUAGAGAGCCCGAGCCGACCCAACCGACCGAAGAACAAGCGGAGUACGGCUUUCAUCCCCCAGAAAUGGAAGAUUUCAACAUUUCCAAGCGCGUGGAACUACUGCAAAAGCUAGCCUACUACGGCGUGCUGUUCUUCACGACAGAGGAGGAACAGACCAUUGACGAACACCUGGAGAGCGGAUCUAGAGUGGCACUGUUUGAACACUUCCUGAAUAGUUUACUGCAAGCUCAGAUUUCAGACGUGAUCAUGCAUGCUGUGGGUUCGGGUGAGAUGGGAAUUGAUGGUGAUUGUAGUUUACCCGACAAUGGUGAUUCCAAAGGCCUUAGCAAUAACACCGAUAUGGGUGGACGUGGCGGAGAAGUCCUCACACGGUAUCUCACAGGUGAGAACUACAGCGCGCUCUACGGCGCUUACGGCACGGUGUCAUUCAACGUCACGGGCGGCCUGGAAUUCGAAAGCCUGCUGAAGACGCUCCGCGGGCAAGUCGACGAGUGGAUCGGCCAGGACAACCCGCAGCUGCCCGCCCUCUACAACGUCAACUGCUGGGCCGGGGAGGACCGGUCCGUCGGCUGUAAGGUGUGCCCCCAGAAGGACAUGUCCCGCAACGCCACGACAGCCCUCGACUCCCUCGCUACAAGACUGACCGUCCCAUUCUCGCUCCUGGGGAUUGACCUCGAGGAAGUGUCUGGAGGCAUCGGAAGACGAUACCGCAGGUGGAUCGCUCAAAUGCGGACAAGAGUCCCUACGACAGAUGGUACUGAUGAUGAAACACCAGACAGGGGGGAGGAUGUGACACAAGAUCCAGGGGAUGGUGAAACUCCAGAUGAUGGUGGUGAGAACCCGGAUACCGGUGGUGAAAACCCAGUCACCACCGGUGAAAAUCCAGACACAGGGGGUGAAAAUCCUGACACUGGUGGUGAAAACCCUGACACGGGUGGUGAGAACCCUGACACGGGUGGUGAGAACCCAGACACUGGUGGAGAAAACCCUGACACAGGUGGUGAAAACCCUGACACGGGUGGUGAGAACCCAGACACAGGUGGUGAGAACCCAGACACAGGUGGUGAAAACCCAGACAUGGGCGAUGGAAAUCCAGAUGGACAAGAAGAAGUCCCAAGAGUGGUUGCCGCCAUCACUGGUCCCAAGGAGAUACCCUCCUGUGGGGAUUUGGUCCUCCACGGCAGUGCCUCCCAGGGUCCAUCUCUCUCUUACACCUGGGAAAUGUCUCCACGUCAGCAGACAUCCGAAGCGUUGAUGGCUCGUCUCAAGACAGUCAAUGAUGCGAAUGAACCCUAUCUGAAGCUGAACGGGGGAUUACUGACGGAGGGGGUCGAGUACACGGUCACGCUGACCGUGUCUCCACAGGGCUCCCGGCAUUCCCACUCCAUCUCUCACCGUGUCCGGCGGCUCUCAGAGGCAUCCAAGAAGCCCAGCCUUGUCCUGCAGCAUCGCGGACUGAGCGAGAACAACAAUAUUCUUGCCUCAAAAACACUUCUCCUGUGGGCAGACGUCCAUUUCUACGACAGCUGCAUUGAAUCGUCGAGCGUCAAGUUUGUGUGGUCAGCUAGGCAAGGCAGCCAGCCGCCUAUCACGGGCCUCUUGCAACGCGGAGGCCGGAAUCAACGUAUCCCAGCAGGCCAGUUACCAGUCGGGGAGCCAGUCACCAUCUCGGUGGAAAUUCCACCCAACGGGGAGACGGUCUUGGAGAGCGUGACAGCCGAGGUCACCGUCACCGUGGAGAGGUCGCCCCUGAUCGUGUCCAUCAAAGGCGGAAGUGAAAUCACUGCCGGCACCGACUCGCAAGCGAACUUGGUGCUGGACGCCUCGGAAUCUCAUGAUCCGGACGACGAGGAAGCUAGGCUGGAUUUCAGUUGGACGUGCAGACUGACCAAUCCAGCAAAAAGCGAGUGCCCUGGACAGCUGUCUCCCAGUGAUCGGUCGACCUUGUCCGUGACCCUCAACAAUACGUGGGAUGACCCCAACCCCUACGUCUUCACAGUCACUGUCCGGCGACGCCAGAGGGGUGCAGGUCAUGCUACGGCAAGCGUGAUAGUACAUGUCAAAAGGGGCGAUCCCCCACAGAUUGAGCUCUCGGCACCCUUCCAGGGCAAGUUCCAGCCGUCCAGGGACGUGGUGGUCACGGCCCAGAUCAGCAACGCCGCGCUGGGGUCCAGCGUGGAGUGGCUGGUGCUGAAAGGGGGCGUGCAGCAAACGGUGCAGGGAGCCACGUCCACCAGUGUCAGCCGGGGGACGGCCAUCAGAGCGAGCUUCGCCAUCCCUAAAGGCAUGCUAGCAGCCGGCAGUGACUAUACCGUGAAGGCCAAUGUGAAGGACUUUCCGGGUCAAGUGGCGUCGUCGGCUUCAACAACUAUCACCGUUUUCAAAGGCGUCUCAGGAUGCACAGUGCAGCUACAAAGCCAGGAGUACCGCGUUUUUGAAAUAGUUGACAUCAGCGUCGUCGGCUGCACGGGAACGGGCAAGCUUACCUACAAGGCUUUUGUGGCGCCCACUGCCGAUUCGGAAGAGCGCCAAGUUCUGACCACUGUGGCCGGCGAGCAGUCUCGGCUCAAUCAGGAUCGAGCCGUGAAAGUGGCUGGUGCCGCAACCGUGGCCAUCAUCGUUAGGGUGGAGGACGAGACCGGCAGCUGGGCAGAAUUCGCCAAGAGCGAUGUUCCCCAGGUUGAAGAGCCCACGGCUGGCGGCAUUGAAGCGGUGAAGAACACCAGAGAAAAGUUGGUGCAAACAGUGUUGUUUUCGA